GUUCCUGUUUAGAAAUUAACAGAGUUUGACGUUUGUCCUUAUGAGUGGCAUCGUUUGUGCUCAUGCUCGAUAUUUAAAGAACCAAACUAUGACAGGAAUAUAUGUUAUGUGUAGGAGAGGAUAGAAAGUACACGAUGACGGCCUCGGCGAUUUAUUUCAGACUAAAUCAAAUAAUUUCUUUUUAGACAACGUAACGUUUAUUGUCAACAUGCAAGUUACAUAGGAUUUAAUCAGGAGUACUUGCGCUAAUGUGAUCUGACUCAUCGCUAUGGAAAAGGAUAUCCCGCGCGAUGUAACAAGGACACCAUCCUUCCAGGAGGCUUCAGACCUCCUCAAGGUCCACCUCCAGAAGAAACACCGCAUCAAACGCCGCUCACCCUGCCCUCCUCAGCCUCCCACUAAACAGGAGGUCCGCAAUGAAGCUGCCAGAAUUCUGGAACAGUUUCUUAUGAAGGAACUGAAAGAAAAUAAGGGCAAACAUGGAAAACCCCUAAUAGGUACGGCAUAUCAACAGGUGAAAGAUGUGGAUGUUACAGAGGAGGAAUAUUACCUCCACAACUCCUACCACUCCCACCAGGGGGCACUAGUGUCUCCUGACAGCUCGAGCGGCAGGCAACACUCUAUCGGCAACUCAAGUCAUGCUGGUCGUGCCUCAGUGAUUCACUCUCGUGGACCCUCAGAGCUGUCGCACGCUUCAGUGACCUCUGGUAAAACGUCAUCUGUGAUCCAUUCUCGUGAAACGUCAGAACUCUCUCGUACUUCCAUUAAUUCUGGUAAAACAUCCAUCCAUUCAUUAUUGGGAGAUAAUGAAGAUAUUCCAUUUGCUGACGAUUAUGACACAGUGCCUCGGGCAAAAAGUUUGCCGCCAAAUUUGUCCCCAGCUCACAGAAUUGAUAAUAAUGUAAUGACAACGUCGUACUCAUUGAGUCCCUCAAAGCUUGAGAAUUUAGACAAAACUAAAGACUUAGAGGAUUUAAAGUCAAAGAAAAAAACGUCUAGGAUACCACCAAAGCAAGUUAAUGGAAACUCCUCACCAACUGUCGUUCAAAGAGGACGUCAGCGUUACAGAUCAGGGUCUCUCUCUUCUUCAGAUACUGAAACUGAGGUAGUUUCGCCAGAAAGAAAGAAAAAAUCUGUGUUCAAAAGAGCGAAAGAAAGAUUAAAUAGUGUUUUAAACAGGAGUAAAGACAGAAAGAAUGAAGACAGGGAGGGUGACAAUGUAACGAAAAAGGGGAAAUACAGUCAAGGCAAGAACAAUGGGGCUAAAGUUUUGGAGGAAAGACAUACCCACAAGCAUGGGCAUAUCGAACAGCAUCACUAUACAGAUGGAGAGCGAGCAGGGUUGGUAAGAUCGCAGGAAACCUGGGAGUCAACUGAUAUCACCGAUCAGGAACAUCACAAACGAAAACACAUUGACAAGCAUAGCAACAUUAAGGAAAGUGCCGAUUUGUCCAGUUCAGCGAAGACAUCCGAGGGAGGAAUCUUCAGCAGUCUUCGCAAACUGACCACACGCAGAGGCAGGAAGUCAAGGAAGAAAGUUCCAGGUUCAAAGUCUGCUGACUUCAACUUGAUAAAGAAGAAGAAAGGAAGGAAAGCAUAUCAAAGGAACAUUUCAGUUCCAGAUGGCCCGCUUAAGGACGGGGAGAACAGCCAUUUUGAGUCCAGCUUUUUUCAAACGGAUGGACGACAGAAGAAAUAUACAACACAAGUGACCGCUAUAGAUGAUGUAGGUCUUAAUGCCAUCAGCAAUCUGGACAUUGGUCAAAGGUCUGAACCAAUGGAUGUUGAAGGGCAGGUCCUUCAUGCUAACCAGUCGUUUGCUCUUGACUAUGAUAUUGAUGAAACAGAGUUCAGAAGGAGAUUGCCUACAGGGGAAAUAGAUAUUGAAAGGAAUGUCCACCAACAUCACACAAUAAUGGAUGAUCUUGAUGUGGAUGGGGAUACACAGCCAGAUGAUCAAGGUGAAUAUGAUGAUAGAACAGAUGCAGGCGAGGGAGCGGUGGGUUCCCCGCCAGACGCUGCAACACAAGCGGACAAGGAGAAAUUGUAUGGAAUCAUAGCGGACCGACUGGCAGAGAUGGGAGAUAGCUAUAUGGCAGGGGCAUCAGGCGAGGCUCAUACUACUUCUCCUCGGCGGACCUCAAAUACACCUCAGGCGUCUCUCGAAGCAUCAUUUGAUGUCCGGGAUGGUGAUGGUUUAAAUUCGCUGGAGAGAGAACUCAGAGAUAGUUUACGGAACUUUGGAGACAAUUUCAGUGUCGAGCAUCCAGUGUCAGCCGAGGUCACCGGGGCAGCAGUGGACAUUGUCAAACAGGCUACCUACAACUCAUUCACCGAUACGCUCAAACGGGCCAUGGGGGACGAGGUCGGCUGGGACCAACUUGCCACACUUUUCUACAUUACCAAGAAAACGGUGCAUGCUGCAGGAGUCGGAGGGGCGGUUGCCCUGAAGGUGAAGGAGAUGAGUCUGCGUUACCUGGAGGAUAAGUUUGCCGGCUGGAUCGUUGAUCAGGGUGGAUGGGACACUGUCCUCGAGUCGGAGAGUACAGACUCCGAACUGGAUUGAUCGGAUACUGAGGCUGGCAUGUGUUUAAAAAAAAAAACUUACUGUGAUGAUGUUUAUGGAGCAGUGAACAAAAUGCAAUGACAAUUAUAUGUGGCCUUUACUUGGUUUAUCAUUCACGGUCAUACAUAUUCUGCGUGUUUUGGAUUGCACAAGAGUUUUAUCCUCUCUCACAUUGACGCUAACGUAUGGACGGCCCGAUUAUUGGCCUCUGCGAAUUCCUUUUAUAUGAGGCGCCAGAUGCUCAUAUUAAUUAAGACAUUUACUGCACAUCUUAAACAUUUGCCCAUAUCUUCCACUGGUACUAGAGCCCUUUUAGGAUUUUCUCCUGUCAACCGUGGAGCUUUUUAUGGCCUUUAACAGUGCCUGAGGUCCCGAUAAGGCCACCCCAGGCCUUUAUAUAAUAAAAAAAUAACUUAAUAAACCAUGGACGCUCAUUCUGGAUAGCGACCUAAUUCAAGUUGUAUUCCACCGACUGUUAUCCCGUCAGUUAAUGGAGCUGUUCCGAGACCCAUGGAAGACAAAGGCUAAGCCAAAUGUUUAAACAAUUUAUUGAUGUUUUGUGGACUGCUGAGCAGAUAUUUCCAGGAAGUUUACUAGAUAUAUAAGAAACUAAGUUGUCCGUGUUGAAGUUUCAUUUAAAUAAUUGUUGUAAUUAUGAAUUAUAGAUAUUCGUGUGAUAAAAAAGCCCCCCCUUACCAUUUUCAAGAUGGAAGCAUGUACAGUUAUUUUGACCUCAUUUUAUUAAUAUCAGAAAAUCAAGGAAAUUGCUUAAUUUAAAAAUAUGCUAUAAGAAAGCUUUUAUACACGAUCUAAGUGUUUUUAUCUAAUUCUUUAAAAUUCCAAAUUGCUUUCCAAUAGAAAAACAAAUUAUCUUCAUGCAGACCAGGUGACUGCAUGAAUCAUAAUAAGGAAUUGAAAUACAUGUGUACAUUAAACCUGUGUAUAAGCAAAGGUGUCCUUUAUAGAGAGGUUUCCUUUAUAUAGAGGGUUACAAUGUAAUUUUAGAAGUGAGGAAAUAUUUCUCCUGUUGGAGGACUUGAGUGAAUGUUUGGAAUAGUUGUUUGCAGUGGCCUAGCCCAAGUUUCCUGUGGCCCUGACUCCAUGUCUGUUCAUGGUGUCUGGGUCAGAGGAAACUCAGGUUAGCAGUGGCCAUAUCCUCUUAAAGAGAAUUUGUUACAAUGUGUUCAAAGUAUAAAUUUUAUUUCAUCUGUGAUCUCACUUUUUACAUUUAUUUUUGUCAAUAUAUUUUCUUUUUAAUGUUUUGGUGCAAGAGUUCGAAGAAUAACAUUUUGUCCCGAAAUAUUUCUAUGCUAUAUAUAACAUAGUUUUUUGUUUUAUUUUUCUUAAUUUUGUGUGGAUUUUAAAAGAAGUUUUAUGACAAUUAACUAAAUGCUCUGCAGGAUUUUAUACUGUUGAUAUUUUUCACAAUGGAGGCAUUGAGCUUGAUUAUGAAUUAAUCUUUCAUUAUGCAGUUUUUGUCAAGUAAUGGCGAUUCACUAAUUCAUCAUUUCGUUAAUCUGUUUAAAAUUGCUUGUUUGUUUAAUUAGAAUGUGCCAACUAAUUAAUGCUUUCAUUAACAAGAUAAAAACUGGUACAGUACUUAGUCAUAAUUUGGAAAUUAAAAUGCAUUACUGUGUGCCACUUUAUCACUAGCCCUCCACCUCUGGGUUGCGAGUUCGAAACAUACGUGGGGCAGUUGCCAGGUACUGACCAUAGGCCGGUGGUUUUUCUUCAGGUACUCUGGCUUUCCUCCACCUCCAAAACCUGGCACGUCCUUAAAUGACCCUGGCUGUUAAUAGGACGUUAAACAAAAACAAACAAAAGCAUUACUGUGUAAUGUUUGUAUGAUCAAUUUGUGUGUCCCCUUAACAUUGUCCUCGUCUGUUUCUGUGGAAGAACUUAAGUUUACAUUGCUUUAGUGAAAAUGUUCGCUUAGCAUUUUUUUUUUCAGGUCAAAGGUCAUAGUCUUAAGAAACAUUCAGUAAAACAGAAAAUUGGUUUCUGCGAAAUAAUUAAAGAGUUACAUUGGCCAGACAAAUUCAAAAUUUAAUCUGCGCAUCCAUUUUGAAAGUGUUUCCAUGGUAACAGUCUAGGAAUCUUUUAUAUGGUUUUUAAUUAAAAAAGUAGGUCAGUCUGUUUUAUAAGAUAACCUGUCAAUUGUAAGCUGUGUAUAGAUUGUUUAUAGCAUGUCGAUUGUUAGCCAUGCUUGAGAUGUAUUCUCCUCUGUUGUUUGGUGAUAAGGGAGGUUAUAUCGCAAAGAGUACACCAUUUUUUAUCCGGACUACAGAUUUGUUUUUAUUUAGUCUGUAUAUGUACUACUAGGUUAAAAAUCUACAUUUAUUAUUGGUUGAAAUACAUUUGAUGGUGUGUACGACUAUAAAAACAGAGAAAACUACAUUUUUUACUAUAAUAGGUUAAAUCUGUAUGCUAGAACAAUCUUAUAUUAUGGACAAGUGUACAUGUAUAUAUCGUAUGUCUAUACAGUCAAGCUGUGUAAUCUCAAACUCUGAUAACUUGCAGACCCUACAAGUAAAAUUCAGUUCUGAGAGUGAAAAUUCUAUAUGAAAUAUAUUCGGUUAAAUCAAAAACUCAGGAUAUCUUGAAAUUUUAUUAAAUGAUUUCGAGAUUUUACCAGGUUUGACCGUAUAAUUGAUGUAUCUUGUUGUAAUCAAUUGAAAUGUAACAUGAAAACCACUAACCAAAUCAGGUACAAGCUAAAUAAAUGUCCCACCGACAAUCAUCCAGACUUAUUAACAUACCUUUCCUAAUUUGGUCCUAAAUUACUCAAAUUGUUAAUUGGUCGUAAAACAAUAUCAUACCAUACUCUACCAAAUAAAUCCUUAAAUCUACAUUUUAACAUAUAUACUUCCUGUUGGUGUGAACUCUCCACAUUCCUCGUUCAAUAACACCAGAUUUUUUAUUUUAGCUUCCCUGUGAUGAGUGCCAGGAAACUUAACAAUAGUAAUAGUGUUUUGUGAUAUGUAUUCAUUGUCAUUGAAGACGUCGGCCUUUGUGAAGGUUUGGACAUGUGUUUAAACCUUUGUUCUUUCAUUGUAAUAUGGGGUAACAAAUGCUUGUAUUGUUUUAAAUCUGAAAAAUUACUGUGACUUGUCAAUUUUCUAUGAUAUAAUAUCAUGGUUUUAGUGAAGCAUGAAAUCUUUUAAGAAUUAUUUCAAAUACAACAUACAUUGUUAACGAGGGUUGCAAUCUUUUCCUGUUGUGUCAUGUCUGUUGUCUGUCUGACUUUAACUUUUUCUGUAAACGACUAAAUAUCUUGAUUAUCAACAAAGGUCAGGAUAUUGGAACAGUAGCAUGCUAAGAUAACCAACUACCUGGGUUGAACAACUCAAUGAUCUUGACCUACUUUGAAGGUCACAGGGGUUAAAUGUGUUCAAAUCCUAAAAUGUUGACUUCUGUAUAACUAAAAGCCAUAUAGGGUACUGAUACUAUCACAGUAGUGUGAUAGGACAAAGGGCGACUAUAAGUUUGUUAAAAUGCUUGGCCUUGACCUUCUUGGAAUGUGUUUAAAGUCUUUAAAAGACAUUUUGAUAGAAAAGAGACCCACAGUUAUGAUAUUUGACCAGAAAUAUGUUUGGAAGAAUUGCUACCAAGUUUGUUCAAAUAAAUGAAUCCAGGUCCAUGUUAGAAUGAAUAGCUAUUAAUUUCGGAAACAUCCUUUAUACUAACACAAAUAACUAAACCUUCAACUAAGUCUUCUCAUCAACUGCAAAACAUGUGAGCAUUAUUGAGGCCCAUUGGGCCUGUUGUUUACCUAAAUUCUGUAAAUAAUAUGACACCAAUAUUAUAGUGAUAUAUACUGUAUACACUAAUGGCCCCAACCUUGGCAGCGUUCCAACGUAUACAUGUCUGAGUAAUAAGAUGUUGUAUUUUUUAUGUGCGAGAAAAAAAGUAACACCAAUUACUUGUGAGCAGUUUCUGUGAUAAUGCUCUCCUUCAAAUUGUGUUCUGAUUCCAUUCUCGUAGUUUGACCAUUUUUCCAUAUUGUAACCCUGUUUACUUGUCAAGUAAAACUACCUACAUAUGGUCAUAUCGUUAACUGCAAAUUCAUUGCUGGAAGUUGUUUUCCACAUAAGACAAAAAUAAAUAACAUAACAACAACAACAACAACAGAAUAUAAAUACCCGGUAAGUGUUGUGUAUGUAUUUUGUACCCUGAGCUUAUAAGGAUUGAAUGUUGAUUAAUGUUUUAACAAAGUGUGAUAUGUCUAUGAAAGGUGUUUUCUGCUCAAUUAAUUAAGUGCUUCAUUUCAAGAGAAAUUAUCUGUGACUUUUGUUUAUAAUUUCCUAGAAUUGUCGAUUAACUAAUAUAUAAUGAAAUGAAUGUUAUUGUGAAGCAAUAUAUUGUUGAAUUCAUGAAUAUGUGUACAAUAUUAUGGGUUGUGAGAGGUAAAAUUCAUGUUUGAUAUA